AUGAGACAACUGCAGCGGAUCGUCUUCGUGCUAAGUUUUUUCUUCCUCAUAUACCUGGGUCUAAGACUCCGAACUGGAGAAAAUGCACCAAGGAGCCCCGAGUCUCAAUCCUUUCGCGGCUUCGAUAGGGCACAGCAGCAUCUGUUCGGCAAUCUAUCAUUGUCCCACUCCCAAUGUGCUGCCGCCUUUCCUGGCCUAUUCAACGAGAUCGAGGAUGCUGUUUCUCGUGGGCCCUUCACUCUCACAUGGGCCCGAUUAGGAGAGCCGUUGCAGGGAAGCAUCAAAGACAAUCGGCUGUACAUCUCAAACUGGCAAAAGAAGGCAUUCUUAUCAGAGCAGAUGCUGAUUGAACGGACAGCAGCGCUGAACCAGCUCUAUCGCGCAAUCAUCACCUCUCCAGACCCCUUGCCAGACACUCUUUUCGCUUUGAACAUCCAGGAUCGGCCCAUGGCACAGUCAUGGUCAUAUGCGCGUCCAUCCGAUCCUACGGCCACCAAGGCAGGAGACUUUCUCAUGCCGCACUUUGCCUUUUGGGCAUGGCCGCUCCAGUAUAUCGGAUCCAUGGACCGGGCACUGACGGCGAUCACUGGGAUCGAAGCAAAUCUGACGUUUCAGGCUAAGAUUCCACAAGCUAUCUGGCGCGGCACACCUUGGUUCAAUGAUGUGCAAAACCAUGAUCCGCGCAAGCGACUAAUUCAGGUUACAGCAGGCAAACCAUGGGCGGACGUACAGGCCCUUAAAUGGGAAACGAAUGGCCAGACGGCCAGGAACGGGCUGGCCAUUGAGGACUUUUGUCGGUACAAGUACAUCAUCUACACAGAGGGGGUAACCUACUCUGGACGGCUGCCCUUUCAUCAGGCUUGCCGCUCCGUCAUCCUCACGCCACCCAUGGCAUGGAUGCUGCACACCACAUAUCUCGUGAGACCGGUCUUUUCGAGCACAUUAUUGCGGACAGAACCCAGUCUGAGAUCUCCACAUCAAUCGGAUCGCAUCAAGCGCGCCUGGCGAACCGACCUUGAUGCGGAGAAUGCCAAUCUGGUGAUGGUCUCACCGGACUGGUCCGACCUCGAGGCUACCAUCGCAUGGCUGAAUAAUCAUCCAACAAUAGCGGAGGGCAUCGCUGAUAGACAGCGUGAGCUGUUCUACGAAGGAGGAUAUCUGAGUCCUGCCGCCGAGACAUGCUACUGGAGAGCAUUGAUCAGGGGCUGGAGCAAAGUGGUUGGGCCUGAGGGCAGUGAGUGGAGUGAACACAAGGGCGUCAGAUGGGAGCUUUUUAGUCUUGAAGGAGUCUAA